AACUACAAAAAGGCCCUCUUCUUCCCUUCCCUGCCUAGCAUCACUCUCUUUGCUUCAUUUGUUCAUUCAGGCAUUUCCGCAAACAGUUUGUUUUUUUUCCCCACAAACAUGGCAAGACCACAACAACGAUAUCGAGGUGUACGACAAAGGCAUUGGGGUUCUUGGGUGUCUGAAAUUCGCCACCCUCUGUUGAAAACUAGAAUUUGGUUAGGAACAUUUGAAACCGCGGAAGAUGCGGCCCGUGCCUACGAUGAAGCAGCAAGGCUUAUGUGUGGACCAAGGGCUAGAACCAACUUCCCUUACAAUCCCAAUGCACUUCAGUCGUCGUCAUCCAAGCUUCUCUCAGCAACUUUGACUGCGAAACUACACAAAUGCUACAUGGCUUCGCUUCAAAUCACAAAACAGAAGUCAGUUCAGAAGCCACAAAAUAAGGCGCUCACUCCACUUGUUAUUAGCAACAACAACGACGACGACGGCAUUGCAGCAAGGGACAGCGGAACCGGAGUUCGGCUAGUGGAAAAAAGAUCAUUGGCAGAGACAGAGGCCAAAUCAGCUCAAGUUGAAACCACCCAGCAGUUCAAACCUCUUGAAGAGGAUCAUAUUGAACAAAUGAUUGAGGAACUGCUUCACUAUGGUUCCAUUGAACUAUGCAAUGUCUAUUCCCAAUAGGAUAUUAUGAUUAUUAUUAUCAGCCUUUCUUCCAUGCUAAUGGCAUUUGCUAAUUUAACUCAUUCUUCACAACCUUAUCACUAUUUUCACAAGUCAUGUAAACCCCUCCAUUUAGGCCUAUCAGGUGACCCCAUUUGAUGAUGGUUAAUGUACAGUAAGCCCUGUUAUGAGAUAUAUAUGUUACUAUGAUAUUUUUAUCCA